GCGAAGAAAGAUCAGAAAGAAAAAGCACCUUUUACCUCCUCUGUAUCGUCUUCAAAUUUUCCCGCACUUUCCCCAACCGAAAGGAAGAAUCUUUUCACUCUUUUUCCAGGAAAAUAAAAAAGAAUGAGAUGGGAGAAGGUCCAACGUCAAGUGGGUCUCGCUGAUUCCUCUUCUUCCGGGCCUGGAAAGAGAUGGGGACACACUUGUAACGCCACAAAAGGAGGCAGAUUUGUCUACGUUUUCGGUGGGUUUGGUAGCGACGGUCGCUUGACCAAUCAAGUUCAUGUCUUCGACGCUGAGAGGCAGAUAUGGACAGAGCCGAUGAUCAGAGGGGUACCACCCUCUCCGAGAGACGGUCACAGCUGCACAACAGUUAGGAAUUACCUUUUUGUGUUUGGUGGUACUGAUGGGAAAGAUUAUCUCAAUGAUCUGCAUGUUCUAGAUACUUCUUCGCAUACUUGGCAAUGCUUUGAAGUUAGAGGGGAAGAACCUUAUACAAGAGAGGCUCAUAGUGCAACGCUUCUUGGCAAAUACAUUUUUAUAUUUGGAGGCUGUGGGAAAGUUCCUGGUUUGGAUGAUGAAGUGUUCUAUAAUGACCUUUACAUACUUGACACAGAGACUAUCACGUGGCAACGAGCUUUAACAACUGGGACGCGUCCCUUUGAACGAGAUGGCCACACUUGCUCAACCUGGAACAAAAAAAUCAUUGUAUUAGGUGGUGAACAUUUCGAUGGCGAUUAUCUCUCCGAUGUUCAUGUCCUUGAUACAGCUACGUUUGCAUGGAAGCAGCUGAAAACUUCAGGGGAGGUGUUAACACCUAGAGGAGGUCAUGUCACCGUUGCAAUUGAGAGCAAGUUAUUUGUGUUUGGAGGGUUUGCUGAUACUCAGAAUCUUUACAAUGAUCUCUAUGUGCUUGAUCUUGAAACGUGUGUAUGGUCCAAAAUAGCCAUGGAAGAAGGACCAUCUGCUAGAUUCUCUGCUGCAGCAGCUUGCUUAGGUCCUUACAAGGCUGGUUCCUUUUUCUUCUUUGGUGGCUGCAACAAUCUUGAGCCUUUGGAUGACAUCUACUACCUACACACAGAUGGUGUAUACGAGACACCAGGGAGGUUGUCUUCAAACAGACACCACAGCUCUGUUCAAACGGAAGGUCCAAGCUCUAGUAGUAGAAAACGGACUGGUAUGCUGGAUGCUGAUUGUGAUGAUAGAGCAAAGACGCAGAGAACUUUGAGCAAGGAUUCUGCAGGUAGUAGCCAACAGGCUGAUCCAAUCGAGCCAUUGAGAAAUGAGAUGCCAACAGACGUUGGUGGUGCUGCUGCUGAAGCUGAUCCUGGAGGAGAUCCAUCGCCACAAACGCAAGAUGAAGGAAGAGUUGCUGCAGAAGAUGCAGACGCAGAGCAAUAACAGCUGAUGCAGAAGAAAGUUUUGAGGAUGUACAGUAGCAAGUAGAUGAAGGGAGGGUUUGGUUUUAAAAGCUGUAAGUAGAAGAAAGUUGAGAGGAUGGGAGUAGAAGAAGCUAAGUCUUGUGUUGAUGCCUUUUGUUUUUGUUUUGUAUACAAACAGCUUUAACUCUGUUGUUAUUACCUUACUGGUUUCAGUUUGCAAG